GUCCAAAAUUAUAUAUCUUAAAAUUAUUUUUCGAUUUGGGUGCAUAGGCUGCACCUAUAUAUAUUGACGUGUCAAUUCGAAUGAAAUAAUCUGAAACUACUAUCAGAUCGGAUACAAAAGCAUUGAAACCUUAUGAGAGUCAUAACGCUUCAUAAUGAUUAAGUGAUUUGUCAUAAAAAAAAACUCAUAUUCCCAACUAGGGCUGUUAAUGAACCAAACGUCCAAGCUGCCCAUGAACGACUCGGCGUCCGACUCGAGAAAAAUUCGUUCGACACUCUAUUCGUUUUAAUCAAGCCGGCUCGUGAACAAGCUUGUUGACUAAACGAGUCGAGCUCGAGCCAUACCAUGUUCAGCUCGAAAGCUCGCGAACAAGCUCAUUUAAUGGUUUGGCAUAAAAAAAAGAUUAGAAUUCAUUGAUUUUAUGUAUUAAAAUUAUGAUGAAUAUUGUGUUUUACUUAGCUAGACUUUGCUACAAGUUUGAAUGUAAUUUUGUGCUCAGUUCUAGGUCAAUCUUGGGCUCGUUAAGCUUAUUUGACGAGCGAGCUCGAGUCGAGCUCAAGCUUUCAUUUUCAUAAACGAGCCAAGCUCGAGGUUGCAUAUUAAAGCUUGUGACAAACACGAGCCGAGCUCAAGCCUGAAAAUAUAUUAACGACCCGAGCCCGAACUAUGGCAAAACUCGGCUCGACUCGACUCAUUAACAACCCUAUUCCCAGCCAUGAUCAAAACAAUAAUUUUUAGAAAAUCAGGAUAAAGAAAAUAAAAUGGUGGAAAAGAUAUUACUAAGUUCUAUUACUGAAUUCUAUGGCCUGAAUCCCCUUGUCCUUUUAGGCGCAAGAGGAAGAUCCAAUCCAUUGCUUUGUAAACGUGUUUCAGACCAAUUAGUAAUUUUCGGAGUCGUUAUUCGUUCUUUCUCCCUCUACAAAGUACAAACCAGGGGGAGGAGAUAGGGGCUGACAUGAUAGGAGUUAGCACCAUGCUAACUAUAUUAUUCAUCAUUCAUUUUAAAUUAAAUCUGACGGUGGAGAGUGACAAAGGGCGUGUUUGGUAUUUUAUAAAAUUAAAAUUAAUUAAUAAAAUUAAUUUUAAAAUAUAUAUAUUUAUUUAUCUUUUCUUUAUUAUGGAAUUUUUCUACGUUAAGAAAAAACUACUGAAAAAACACUACCAACUAUCUUAGUAGUGAUUUUGGUGGUUUCUAAUAGUGUUUUUAUAAUGUUCCGUAGUUAUUGUAAAACUAGUAGUGUUUUAGCAAUUUUGAAUUAGUAGUGAUUUUUAUUGUUAUUAUUAACGAUUAAGCAAUUUAAAAUUGGUAGUGAUUGCUAUUUUUGAAAAGACUAUCUCCUGAGGAAGAAUGAACAAAUAUUACAGCCACUACACAAAAUACUACUGGAAAGUAAAUGACGAUUCCCAGAAGAAUCACUACUGAUACAUAUAAUAUACACUACAACACAAUCACUACCAAAAAUUACACAGCUGGCCAACCCUUCCUUUCUUUCGUUCCAUGUUUUCUCGUCCCAUAGUCGGCCAAAAAUGGAGACUUAAUUCUUUUACCCUAGCCUCAAUCUAAAUCUUCAUGUGAAAGGCACAUCCUUCUCCUUCUCGGCAAAAUCGAUCCAAUCAUGCAAUCAUCCGCCAAUCGGAGCGUUCAAGGGCAACGCCGCCUCCUCUUUCUCGGCAAAAUUGAAUCCCCAGAUCUCGUCUAGUUCGAGCGCGGAGGGGAAGUCAGAGAAGCCUUCGAAAGAACCGUGGUCUCGAGAGACAGAGCAGGUGCCUUGAGCGUCAUAGUCGCCGAGGAAGAUCGAUGCGGAGGAGAUUUUCGUUUGGGAAAAGAUGUGCUUCCAGGUGCGACAGUUUUUGCAGAUUUGAGAGAGUGGAAGCCGCAGUUUUCACAACUCUGGGGAAGGGGGACGAGUGGUUUGUUUGGGAUGGGAGGGUUAGAUUGAAUAUAUAUUAGGGUUUGGUGUGCAUUUUGACUAAAUUGACCUUCAUUAAAUUUUAACCAUACAACUCAAAACAUGGUGAGUACUGUGCUAACUGUUUUAAGAGUUAGCAAGCAAUCUCAUUCCGCAUGAUACCAAUGAAAGAGACCUUGUUGUUAAAAAGGAAUAAAAAAACUCUUGUGACAAAUCAUUAAUAAAAUCUCGAAAAUUUGUAGUUUUUUAACUUCACACAUUUCAACGCCACGAUAUUGAAAUCGCAGUCCCACCUCUUAUUUGGAAGAAAAAUGAUAAGUUGUAAUGAGAAAAAAAAAACGGUUUAACUAUAAAUGGAGAAUUCAUAAUAGUGAAUUAUUAGUGAUUCCAUAUAUAAAAAAGUCAUUUGUUAAUUGUUAUAUAGUUAUUAAAUAAAAAUGAUUCCAACUCGUCAGAAAUGAAAAACAACGGUUUCAAAAAGGAUUCCCCGCACCCAACUAACUCAUUUAAUUAUUUUACAAAAAUCCAAAUCCUUUCCCUUUCCCCUUUCCUCUCUUUCAUAAAUCCUUCCGUCUCCGACGAAUUCGAUUGCAUGCCAUUCUUCUGCCGCCAUCAAUCGCCACCGCCAUGCCUACUACCGCCUCCGCUUCCGCCACCUCCGGGUCCGACGGCGGUCCGUCUUCCCUCGUCGCUCGACUCUCCUUCAGUGACCCCGAUGUCAAGCUGAAGGCCCUGCGGGAAGUCAAGAACCAAAUAAUAGGCAGCAAGACGAAAAAGCUCAGCUACAUAAAGCUCGGCGCCGUCCCUCGCGUCGCGUCAAUUCUCUCCGCCGCAAUUGCCGACGGCGACUGCUUUCAGCCUGCUCCUGCCGCUUCUGUGCGGGGAAUGCUCGGCUAUUCCAGCAAUGUCGUCGUCCAAUCGGCGGCAGCUCUUAGCAGCUUCGCCUGCGGAUUCGACGACGGCGUCCAGGCAGUUCUCGCUGCGGGCGCUCUGCCGCUUCUGGUUAGACUGCUCGAUCAUCCCGACGACAAAGUAGUGGAUGUUGGUGCUCGCUCCCUGAAAAUGAUCUACCAGUCUGAAUUUGCUCCCAAAUAUGAAAUCCUUGAACGUGGAAGCUUAGAAUUCCUGGUUUCCUUACUGAAUAGAGAGGGUGAAAACGUUACUGAACUAGGUGCUCAUAUCAUAGCCCAUUCCUGCAGGACGUUCGAAGAGCAGAAAGUUAUGCUCGAGGCUGGGGUUCUGAAGAGGCUUGUCAGCCUCCUAGAUGGGAGUGUAGGUCAGAGAGAUGCUAGCUUAGGUUCUCUUGCUGCAGCUUUCAAAAAUAACUCUGAAGUCAUAAAGGAGUUUCUGGGACCUCAUGGCGGGAAAUCGUUCAAUGCCAUACUUAGGCUGACCAUGGAUAGCAAUGCCAAGACGAGGCUGCUCGCUUGCCAGUGCUUGAUUGUCAUUAGGGAUGCUACAGAUUGCUAUAUCCUGGAAUUGGGGCUCAAUAGGAAGUUGGUCAAUACUCUCCUCGAGCUCCUUGAUGAUCCAGGUCAAGUUGGAGAUGAGUCCCCGUUUGUAUUGUCUAGUCUGGUCUUAGGGAAGGAAGAUCUACAUACGAUAGCUCUUGAAGCUGAUGCUAUGGUUAAAUUUCGUGAUUGCAUGGAGAAGGAAAAUGUCAAUCCUAGGCGUCUUCGAGGUGUAUUGUUGGCCUUGGCUGAUCUCUGCUCAAAGUUAGAAAUCUGUAGAUCGACAUUCCUAUCCAUGCAUGCAGGUACAAUGCAUGAUUAGAAUCCAAUUAGUUUUAAUGUUUGUCUUUUUCCUCUGUUAUCUGUGCUAGUUUUGCCUGCCCUAAAUGCUAUCUAUUGAAGUUAUAUUUCCUGUAUGUUCAAUGCAUCCAGCGAAGGUUGCAUGCUGCCCAAAUGAUAUUCAUUUCUUUCCUUAAAAGGGUCCUCUUUAAGUUAAACCAGUUAAGCUUGAAACAUAAUUUUAUGUUUCUUAAGUUGCAUUAGGGUGCUUGGUUAAACUUGACCUGGCGGACCCAGAAAUUUUAUUUAGGGGUGUCCUCUUUUAAGAAAUAAAUAAUAAUAAAAAUAAAAAUUAAAUAAUUCUUAAAUAAGAAAAUAGCCAAUUCUUACAAGUUAAAAAAAGUUCAUAAGUAUUUUCAUAUUCUGAAAAAAUUGUAAAAUACACUUGGUGUCUACACUGCUCAACAAAGUUGUCUCGGUAUAUCCUAUUAGACAAUCAUUCACGAACAAAUGUAUAUUCGACUUCUAAAUUUGUUCUUGAUGUAACUCAAAGCUAAAAAGCACUUUCAACACUUGUCGUACACCCAUAAAUUAAGGGUAGCUUGUAAUUAGAUUAAUUGUUAGGUUUUGAAAAUAAUUAAAGAUAGAGACUAGGGUUUUUGAAGGAACUAUUAUUCUGCGGUAACUUGUGAUUAACGUAGCCAGAUAGAUUAGAAAGUGAUUUAGGAAUUGAGAGAAAUAAUUAGAGAUUUGAGAAGAAUAAUUGGGAAAUUGAGAUAGGAAGAAUAGAAUUGGGAAUUAGAGAUUAGGAGAAGAAGAGGGAUAAACUGAAUAGGGUUUGAUUACUGAUUUCUGACCAAAUCCAACGUAAUGACUCAAAUACAUAUUUAUAGGGAAAUAAGCCCAAAAACCUAAUGAUACCCUACUAAUCUACUUGUCACUAAUCGGCUGCCUAACCCCCUAACCACCCCAAUAUCUAUGUUUCCUACAAUUCUGCUAUUACAUAGUGUUUAGAAUAGAACCACAAAAAAAUUUGUAGCCUAAUGAAAAUUAUAUUUAUUAAUAGUAGUAGUGUCCCGGGUUUGAAUUACCAAAACUACCACUUAUAUUCUCAUGCGCAAACUACAAAUGAGAGUAGUAUAAUGAUUUUUUCAAUUUUUAGGGUGUCCCGGACUAUUAAUUAUAAAUUACCACCGAAAGUUGGAUAAUCGUUUUUUCAAAAAUUAGGGGUGUCCGGGGACACCCUCAAACCUCCCUGGGUCCGCCCCUGCGGCUCCAAGCGAUUCAACGUGUUUCGGCUAGUUUUACUUUGGUGAAUAGUAGACUGUGUUUAUAACAUGGAUAUUGAGUUUGGCAUGUCAGAGAACUGAUCCCGAUUGCAAUAGAAGUAUCUGAUGUGUUGGCUCGUCAUUAUGAAGUGUAUCAGUGCCAAUCCCACUGUCCAUAGCUAAUAGAGGUUGAUACUUUAACGGCGUCUUUUGGUGCAACGAGGGUAAAGCCUGAGAAAAUUUUCGGAAGGUCGAGCUACUUCCUCCCUUCACCACUCUCAUAGAUACCUUUUCACGGGCUAAUUAACAUGUCUUAAAAGAUUUUCUUUUUAGCUCUUCUAAGUGCAUUAUCAAUGACAGAAGCGAGAUGCGAGCAGGUGUGCGUAGGGGUUAGGAACGAAGUGAGAUGAGUGAAUACCUCGGUGUUAAGGAGAAGGGUGAAGGGAGGGAAGACGCUAUCGAUCCCUGAAUCGAGGGACUACGCGCUUUCAAUCCCUUACAGCUGAUUGUCCUUUUCCCUCUCACUUUGUUCGAGCAUAUCCUAACCUCUUUUCGGCGUGAGAGGUCCAACCCAACUCGGAGCGGUCAACCCACAACUCAGAAACAUAGCGUCAGUCGGUUCACCGGCCACUACUUCUUCCUCCUCCGACGACAAAUCAUAGUCUCGUUCACCUUCCCUUGGCAAAUGCCGACUGAAAGUUGGAACUAGUUUACGUUAGGGAGCUUUUAAGAAACGAUUGUAAGACAA